AUGUCUCUGAGCCUUCGCCAGCGUGUCGGCAUAGCUAUCAGCUUAUCCUCAAAGAAGGGCAUCGGAUGUUACUAUGGAUGCAAGACGAAGUCCCAGCAUGCUGAACCAGGACUCAAAACAAAACUUCUCAAAAGAAGAGGCAGUCUAUGGGAUGAUAGGACGCUUAUAGAUAUAAAAGAAGCAAGACAGAGCUGCAGUGGAUUCAGCAACCAUGUUUCACCUCAACGCUUCCGCCGUGAGAUCCGGGGUGGCCAUGUUCAUCUUGUCGAUGGACGGGAUGUUCUGGGCCCCGAUGGUGGUUCUAACUCUGUCGGCAAUGCUGGCGGAAAUGUCGGCGGCAACUGA